ACAUACAUACUGAGGUCCACCCUCCUCCCCUAACACCCACUCUUCCUUAUGUAACACAAUAAUCGGGUUUGGAGUUUGGAUCCUUUCUCCAUGCAGGCGCUGGGCCUCACUUGUCCACAGCAGGCUCGACAUUUCUCCACUGUUAAAGGGAUUGAAGGGUUAAUCGAUGGGGAGCAUCCCAGGUGUUUCCCUUCUGCUUGUGGUGGUGAGUGUGUCCCUCCUGACAAGCCCAAGCGUCCAGGGCGGAAAGAUUCUGGUGUUCCCGAUGGAUGGUAGCCACUGGGUCAACAUGAACCUGCUGAUCCAGAGCCUCCACAGCAGGGGCCACGAGGUCACUGUGGUCCGCACAGCCACAAGCUGGUACAUCAAAGAAAGCGCACCACACUACCGCUCCAUCACCAUCACCUUACCAGAAGCCAUCAGCAUAGAGGAGCAGGACUUCUUUGUAACCUUCCUGGUCAAGAUGCUGGCCAUUCAAAAAGAGGGGCUGUCUCUUAUCGGCUUUAUGAAGUUCUACUGGGAAAUGCUCGGGUCGCUGUCGAACAUUCACCACCAGGCCAGUCUGGUGGGGGUAGAAAUAUUUGAGAACAAGACUCUAUUGCAGAGUAUUCGGGACACUCAGUUUGACAUGGUUCUUCUGGACCCAGGGUUGCCUGUUGGAGUUCUGGUGGCUCAUGAACUUAAGUUGCCGACUGUUUUUAACGUGAGAUGGAUCACCAGUGGAGAAGGGCAUUUUGUGGUGGCUCCAUGUCCACUGUCUUAUGUUCCAACUUCAGGACAUGCUGUGCCAGAUAAAAUGACCUUUGGCGAACGAGUCAAGAACACACUGUACUAUUUACUCAACGUCUGCAUCGACAAAUUUAUAGUAUGCCCUCACUAUGAUACCCUGGUAGACAGGUACUUUGGUCCGGAUGUGAACUUUUAUCACCUUUUACAAGGGGCAGACAUCUGGCUCAUGAGGGUGGACUUUGUCUUUGAAUUCCCCAGACCCACCAUGCCAAACAUUGUCUACAUUGGUGGCUUUCAGUGUAAACCUUCACAGCCUUUAUCAUCAGAGCUAGAGGAGUUUGUACAAAGUUCAGGAGAGCAUGGAUUCAUCCUGAUGUCUCUUGGUACUCUGGUCGAAGGCUUACCUAUAGAAAUUACUUCAGAAAUUGCUGCUGCCUUUGCUCAAAUUCCUCAGAAGGUCAUAUGGAGGCACGCUGGUGAGCACCCCAACAAUCUGGGGAGCAACACCCUACUGGUGAAAUGGAUGCCCCAGAACGACCUCUUGGGUCACCCGAAGAUCAAAGCCUUUGUAGCCCAUGGUGGCACCAACGGGAUCUACGAGUCCAUCUACCAUGGCGUGCCGAUCAUAGGCAUACCCCUUCUGUUUGACCAGUUUGAGAACAUUUUGAGAGUGGAGGUGCGUGGAGCCGCUAAGGUGGUGGAUGCGACCAAACUGACUCGUGAGAACUUUCUUGAAGCGAUACAAGAAGUUCUUCACAAUCCCUCAUACAGGAACAACAUGAAGCGUCUCUCUGCUCUCCAUCGGGAUAAACCGAUGCAUCCUCUGGAAAUGGCUCUUUACUGGGUUGAGUUUGUUAUGAGGCACAAAGGAGCUUCACAUUUACGCACUGAGUCUUAUAAGAUGCCCUGGUAUACCUACCAUUCUGUGGAUGUUAUUUGCUUUUUGACAGUGGUCUUGUUGAUGCUGACAGCUAUUGUAGUUGGAUCAAUACGAUUCCUUUGCAUUCGACUGUGCAGGAAAAGAAAAGCCAAGCAGGAGUAGUAACUGACUCCUCACAUCAGAUUAACACUCAUUUAAAUGAAGGAGAACUGGACUGGUGAUGUUCUAUAUUCUUAGCCAUACUAAUGCCAUUGCUCUAGGAAGGGCAGUGUUGACCUGCCAGUCAGUUAGUCCACUACUUUGGUCAAGACUGAAAUUACUCAACGAAUAUUGAAUGUGUUGCCAUAACAUUUUGCUAAGACAAUCAUGUUUCCAAUAUUCUACACUUUUUGGUAAUCCAUUAACAUUUUGAUUUUGAGUGUCUCAACUAUCUGAUGAAUCGUUAUUAAAAUGGCCAUAUGCAAAAUUCAGAUCAUUUGACUUGGUUGGACGUGGUUCUCAACAUGGAGGUGGCUAAACAGCUAGCAGCUAACUCUGCUAACUCCAUAAACAGCGCUAAACAACGGCAACAGUGCUGAAAGAGCUAACGGUUAUAACCAGGGGGAACCGGAGAGCGAGCACUAUGCUUCAGUGAUGUGUUUUUGGACGUUUGAAUCUGGGGCGCCGUCAGCCUCCAUUAGGUGGAGUUGUGUUGCUACCUCCUCUCCCCUUGGAUCUCUGCAAGUGAUGUGAGGACUCUAAAACUUCACCUGAGCCUCCCUCGGCAUAUGGGUGAGUAGAUAAUGGCUGAAUUUACAUUUUUGGGUGCACUAUCCCUUUAAAUUGGUGCAGAUAUUCAUGUUGCCCAGAGGAUAAAUGUUAACUUCUGCAGUGAUAUUUCUCAGAUUUCCCCUGAAAAUGAAUCUCAGUGCCUUUAGUGAUCCGCUAACUUUUCCCCAUGUGUCACCGUGAGGUUCACAUUUGUGGUUUCAAGUGCAAUGACUCAACAGCUAUUGGUUGGAUUGCCGUAAACGCUGGAUAGACAUUCAUGAUCCCCUCAGGAUGACUUUGAUGAUGUCUUAAUGUUUUACUAGCCUAAUUAGCCCUAUACUUUGGGUUAAGAUCAAAUACCAGCAAAACAACAUUCCCUUCAUCCUCAGCAGUGCUUUGUGUGUACUUCAAAUUAAAAAAUGCUAACAUGCUAACUGUCUAAACAUUAUGAUGAACAUUAUACCUGCUUAACAUUCGCGUGUUUGUGUUGUUAUCAUGUUGACAUUAACUCUUAU